UGCCAUCUCUACACGCAACACGUUCUCCUUUCGAGCUCUAGGCUUCCAGCUUUUGGAGAUCCGGUGACUUGCUUGUUUCGAUCCGCUGCGCUCAUGGUCAUCGAUCCGGUGGCUGACGGUUCAGACAUCGGUAGCUCUCUGCCUCUCUCUCUCUCUCUCCCUCCGUCUCAUGUGUUUACUCUGACUGCCUGGGCUUCAUGCCUUCAUCACAGUAGCAGUAUUAUAUAGCCACUCGCUCCGUUCCAAAUCAUCGAAGACUCAAAGCAAAGCAUGCCAAAUCUAAUUGAAUCAAAUUUAUAACGGAGGAAGUAGCUCCGUACGUGCCUUCUCUGGUCGGCAUGCAUUCAUGGUGUCUUGCUGGUCUUCGUCCUCUCCCAAACCGAGACAGGGCGCACAGAGUCAGUAAAGGCCUGGAGCAUCAACUCGUGAAGCAGGCGGUUGGUUCCACUCCAGUUUCUCUCGGUCGCAGUGACUUUGCCAGGAAGCCAAGCUUUCCAGCGCUUCUUCCUUCCUCUUCGCCAGGGAGGAGUACAGAGCCAGCACCUGAAGUGAUCCUCAUCCACCGAACGAAAGGAAACGAGCCGAGCCCACCAUGCUGAGGCAACUGUCAAGCAGGAGCCAUAGAAGCAAGAAGCUCCGGGCAAGCCACGGUUUCCAGGCCUUCCUGCUGGUCGCCGUCGCCGUCUGGAUCGUGUACCAGCUCACGCAUCCGUUCGGCGAGCGACGGCGGCACGUGGCCGUGGAGGAGACCAGCGGCAGCAGCAACGACGACGACGCCGAGCCGGCGCGGCGCCGGCUGGGCAGGAUGCGCUUCGUCCGCUUCCCGGGCCACGCGUCCGUCGAUGACAAUGACAUUGCUGCUGGGGCCAGGAGCUGGAGCGGCGGCUCGUCGGAUGAUGAUUUGAGCGGCAAGGCUGGCGACGCCGAAGGCGGCGAUGAGGGACCGGAGGCCGAUGGAGAUGACGCGGACGAUGGACUUGCCGUUGCCGCUGAUGAAGAGGAUGAUGGCAUGGAUUUCCAGUCACGAGACGGCAGACGCGACUAGAAAUGGCAACGGGUACAAACCCGCUGGGUUUUGCCGUCCCAAACCCGUACCCGUGAAAAAUAUCCAUGCCCGUUAAAAAACCCGUACCCAUGACGGGUUUGAGAUUUUGCCCAAACCCGUACCCGUCGGGUUAGCGGGUACCCAUGGGUUACCCGCGGGUUUCAUCUCCAAUAUACUUGUUCUUCUCAUAAUCAAUAAGUAUCGUAAUGAUUAAUGAGAUCAUGAUCCAAAAUCUAUGUAAUGAACAACGAGUUCAUGAUUUGGUAUAAAAAUUAUUAG